CGACGCUUGUUAACAUUCGGAUCUGCUCUUGUUCAACUUCGCGUUGAGGUAGCAUGUCUUUAUUAAAAAUCUGAUCGGUAAAGAUGGAUGUGCAUCUUACUCUUGUUUUGUGUUCCUUUGUGUAUCUCGUAAGGUCUGCUGUCGAUGUUUCGCUUGGUAGUUGCAAAAUUAAAGAAGAAUUCGCCGUUUGCAAUCUACAACCGUCAUCCGAUAAACCCAGCAACAUCAAUGGGACAAUUUACUUCAUGCAGAAACUUGUGCCAGGCGAGUGCAAGGAGGAUUUUCUGAGUAUCCAGGUCUACAUUGACAAUCUCCCCCUCGACGACGGGAACGACAAGCACGGGUUACACGUGCAUGAGUUCGGAGACUCGCGCAAUGGCUGCGGCUCAAUGGGCCCUCAUUACAAUCCCCGAGGGUCACCGCAUGGAAAACCCUGGAACUUACCAAACGCUCGCCAUGUUGGAGACUUUGGUAACGUACGUCAAAAUCCCAAAACUGGAAAAGUAAGCGUCAGACUGGUUGACUACCUGGCAAGACUGACUGGACCAGAGUCAAUCAUAGGACGUGGAAUUGUGCUUCAUGCAAAGGAGGAUGACCUUGGAGUGAACAAGAACGAUACCGGAAGUAUAACCACCGGAAAUGCUGGCGCUCGACUGGCGUGUUGCGUCAUCGCCCGCUCGUCUCCAAUCUAUGAGGACAAGUUUACGCUUUACAAAUAGAUUUGCUGCCUGAGGAAAAUGUACUGUCCAUAUUCGAUUAAAAAAUUAACAUUCUUGAGACAAAUAAAACUGCUGUAAUUCAUGUAUUUGCAUAUUGCAUAAACUUUAAACAGAAGUCUGUCAGAACGAUCUUUGAUUCUUUGCAUACAGUGUUUGCAAAAAACCGGAUACUUGUUCUUGAAUGUGUAUUAAUAAUAGAAAACGUGGUUUGGUAGAUUCGGACUUAAUACACUUAUUAAUGUCUAUAAUAACACUUUAAACACAUUAUUAUCUGCCUAUUAUAUUUAAUUAAAAAAUGCCAAUUGUUUAUUCAUCAUGUUAAUGUCAAAACAGUAAUUUGGACUUUUCUUUUCGUGAUGUCUUUGAUAAAUCAAAAUCAUAGGUGUAUUUACUAGACACUAGGGCAACAAUUUCCAUUAAUUUAGAUUUGUUUAAAUUGUGCUAAUAAAAUGUAGUCACAAACACUUUAUUGCAUUGCCAACGUUAGGUUCAAGCAAAUUUUUAUCUGAAAGAACUUUUCUUUUUUUUUCUUUUUACCAAACUUUGCAGGAGUGUUUCCAGAAUCGUCUGUGACAAAUUUCAUUCAUAACAUAUGUAAAAAAUGAUUUAGCACCCAAAAGCCGUAAUAUGUUAACCGAUUACUGGAUUUGAACAACUAUGUAACAAAUAUUGGAUAUGUUAUACCCUUUUUAUACCAACCUCGUAGACAUUUUGUUAAACGUAAUAUGUCUAAACCAAAUGUUCGGUUCUUACACAAAUGAUGCAGUAUUCAAAAAAUUAAACUUGAAUGAAAUAAAAGCAACAAUUUCAACUUAGCACAAAACAUACUCUUCGCUAAUUUACGCUCAUGAAGUAUUAUAUCAACAUAACAUUAUAAGGGCUAUUCAAAUGAAUCAUUUGGUAGAACUCUUGAACUCCGGGAAUAGCCCCUGAUAGCCACAUUAAUUUGUGCAAAGAUGUCAACUGACCGGCGCAAUUUUUCUCACAAAGAAAAUUAUGCAUGUAUUGGUGCUAUCGAUAAAUUUCAAUUCGAGUUUAAAACGUAUUUCUUAUUUUAUCUUCUCGAAAUCUAGCGAGAACAGACACACUAUCUUAAUCACUGAAAAAGCCAGGAUUUAUGACAAUUAACAUUUGUCAAACAGAUUAAGACCAAUUCCGUUCUUCCGCUUAUGAGGAAGUCACUGUUUGUUGAAGACUACAAAGUCAGGUCUGUUUGUCAUUUACAAGAAAAUCGCAAAUAUAUUAUACAAAUGCGUUAAUUCCAUAGCGUUAAAUAUGCAAUAAUUCAUAUUGAAAUAUUCAAAAUGUAUGUUUUGAUACGUAUGUCGUUAGAUAUUUUAGACUUUAGGCUAAUAAUUCUAUAGCACACUGACAUAGAGCGCUACAAAAGGCGCUUUUAUAUUGAAAAUGUCUUUUUGUCAAAAUAUGUCAUUUUUUCAUCAUUAUAAUUUAGUAAAAACCUGUCACAGCAUGUCUUAAUAGUUACCAAACGCUCUUAAAUCAUUUGUUACUGUCUUCUGUUAACACUACAUUCUUCAAAUUAACAGAUUGGGUCGAAUUUGUAUCAUUAUAUGCCUAUAAUUUAUUAAAUAUUAGGGUUGGUUUCUGCAUCUGCUCGAACACUUGUUAUUUAAUGUAAACAAAAAUAUGCUCAAAGGAGUUAUAACACAGGAAAUGGAUUUUUUAUAUUAAUGUUUGGAGCGUAUUAUGCACAAAAUAGAACUUGCGUACUUUCUAUGAUUAUAAUUAAAUAACGAAAGUUCAGCUUUGUUGAAGGACCAUGUUGCGUAUCCCCCGUCUCUAUCAAUGCUAAAAUCUAUUUUAAUCAUCGUGUUAAAUGUUUUCUACAAUCCCAUUUAACCAUGUUACAGAAGGAAAUAAUAAUGCGACUACAAUUCAUACGUCAGUUGUCAAUUAACUUAACAAUUGAUAGACACCUAAAACCAAAACACAAACCACGUACGUAUGACAAACGGCCUUGCUCACCUUGUAAAACACUUUAAACGUAAAUAGUCGGCGGUUGGCAAAAUUAGCAUAUCAUCAAUGCAAUCUUCUUAACGUUAAAACAUACGUAUGCAUAGUUGACGCUUGUUAAGAAUAAUAGCGUCUACACACUGUUAAACAACGUUCUCGUUGCAUUAUCUUGUCUUAAUUUACAAUGAAGUCGAAGAAGGAUUUGCGUCUGAUUCUUGUGUUGAGUGUUGUUGUUCAUCUAGUAAGCUCAGUUCCAGAAGUUUCUCCUGAACGUUGCACAAUACAAGAAGAAUACGCCGUCUGCAUCCUUCGGCCGUCAUCUGACAAACCCAGCGACAUUAAUGGGACACUCUAUUUCGCGCAGAAACUUGUGCCAGGAGAGUGCAAGGCGGACUUCAUAAGUAUUCAGGUCUACAUUGACAAUGUUCCCCUCAACGAUGGCAACCACAAGCACGGGUUACACAUUCAUGAAUUCGGUGACGUGAGUAAUGGUUGCGAUUCCAUGGGACCUUACUACAAUCCCCGGAGUGCUACGCACGGCGGACCGUGGAACUCGCCAAACGAUCGCUACGUUGGAGAUUUGGGUAACGUCCGUCAAAAUCCUAAAACUGGCCGGAUAAGCGUCCGAAUAGUUGACUACAUGGCACGACUGACUGGACCAGAGUCGAUCAUAGGACGUGGAAUUGUGCUCCAUGCCAAUGAGGAUGACCUUGGUGUGAACAAGAGCGAUCCCGAGAGUUUGAAAACCGGAAACGCCGGCGCCCGACUUGCUUGUUGUGUCAUCGCACGUUCGCCUCCAAUCCCUGACGACAAGUUUACGCUUUACAAAUAGAUGUUCUGCGUUCGAAAAAAACAAGGGUCGAUACGCGCCAACUGACUUUGCAUUAAAAAGAUUACGUAUAAUAUUUAAUAAAAUCGGAAUAGAAAAUUCGUUAUAUAAACAAUAUAUAAUAACGGACAUGUGUGUAUGGGUACCCUGGAUACUAUUAUCAACGAAAUGUUAUGAAUUUGUUUGUUUAAAGAUCGUACAAUGUCGUAGAUAGAUACGGGAACAAAACGUUAAACUAUA